AGAGAGCACGACACACGCCGUUCCCUCUCUCGCUACCAAGUCUACCACCAGCGGAUAUUCUAGGACUCUAGUCGCUGCAACCAACUACACGAUGCCACCGAAGAAAGGAAAGGGGGAGGAUGCCCCCAAGAAGGUCAUGCUCGGGCGGCCGGGCAACAACGUCAAGGUGGGCAUCGUCGGCGUGCCGAACGUGGGCAAGUCGUCGUUCUUCAACAUCCUCGGCAAGAUGCACGUGCCUGCGGAGAACUUCCCGUUCUGCACCAUCGACCCCAACGUGGCCAUUGUGCCGGUGCCGGACCAGAGGUUCAAGUGGCUCAUCAAGAAGUACAAACCCGUCAGCGAGGUGCCCCCGAACAUGACCAUCACCGACAUCGCGGGGCUCGUGAAGGGCGCGGCGGAAGGCGCGGGGCUGGGAAACGCUUUCCUGUCUCACAUCAGGGCCGUUGACGCCAUCUUCAUGAUGCUGCGAGCGUUCGAGGACGCAGACAUUACCCACGUGGAGGGUGACGUCAACCCCGUCCGCGACAUCGAGAUCAUCAACGAGGAGCUUCUUCUCAAGGACAUUGAGCUGCUGACAAACGCGGUGGAGAAAGAGCGAAAGAACGUCGAGCGUGGGGUUGGGGGGCGCGAGCGCAAGCAGGAGUGGGAGUCCCAGGUGAAGGUGCUGGACUGGCUCAACGAGCACAGACUCCCGGUGAGGUUCGGCACCUGGACGGCGCACGACGUGGAGGUGCUCAACAAGUUCCAGCUCUUGACCGCGAAGGAGGUGGUGUACCUGGUGAACCUCUCGAAGCGGGACUACCUGCGGAAGGCCAACAAGUGGCUGCCGAAGAUCCAGGCGAAGGUGGAGGAGCUGGGGGGGGGGCAGAUGAUCCCCUUCAGCGUCGAGUUUGAGCAGGAGUGGAUGGACGAAGAACUCGCGGGCACGCUAGACGCCUACAAGGAGGCAAACCCCACGCACAAGACGGCCAUGAUGCGCAUCCUGAAGGCGGGCUACCACGCGCUUCACUUGAUCCACUACUUCACUUCGGGGGCGGACGAGGUUCGAGGUUGGACGAUCAAGGACGGCUGGCUGGCGCCGCAAGCCGCGGGGGUGAUCCACACGGAUUUCGAGAAGGGGUUCAUCUGCGCGGAGGUGAUGACCUUCGAGGACCUGAAGGAGUUGGGGGACGAGGAGGCGGUGAAGAAGGCGGGGAAGCUCCGGCAACAGGGCAAGAAGUACGUGGUCCAGGACGCGGACGUCAUUUUCUUCAAGUUCAACAACUAG